AUGGCAUCAUCUUUCUUUUCUGAAUUUGGCCUUACAUGGUAUCUGGAGGAGCUCAACAAGAAGGAGUUCAUGAAAUUUAAAGGACUCCUCAAGGAAGAGAUUUUGCAACUUGACCUUAAGCAAAUUCCCUGGUGUGAAGUGAAGAGAGCAUCCCGGGAAGACCUCGCCAACUUACUGAUCAAAUAUUAUGAGAAACAACAAGCAUGGGCUGUGACGUUCAGCAUCUUUCAGAAGAUCAAUAGAAAAGAUCUCUGUGACAGGGCCAAGAGAGAGAGUACUGGACACACCAAGAGGUAUCAAGCUCACAUACAGAAGAAAAUCAGCAAUAUGUGGUCCAGAGAACCCAUCACUGCAAUUCAUGAUUUCUUUGACCAGAAAAUCACCCCAAAAGAACGUGAAUAUUUUGAGCCCCUUAUUGCUCCUAAGACAACCAGGAAGCAGUCUCACACAGUGCUGCUUAAGGGAAUCCCAGGAACUGGGAAAACGAUGGUUCUGAUGAAGUUAAUAUUGGCCUGGGCAGAAGGCAGCCUCUGUCAGGAUAGAUUCUCAUAUGUUUUCUAUUUCUGCUGCCGAGAAUUAAGAACACUGACAGAAACAAGCCUGGCUGAACUCAUCUCCAGAGACUGGCCUGACUCUGGCGUUGCCAUAGCAGAGAUCAUGUCCCAACCAGAGCAGCUCUUGUUCAUCAUUGAUAGCUUCGACGAGCUGAAAUGCAGCUUGGAUGGACCGGAGGCAGAGCUGUGCAGUGACUGGAUGGAGAAGCAGCCAAUAAAGGUGCUUCUGGGCAGUUUGUUGAGGAAGAAGAUGCUCCCAGAGUCGUCCUUAAUCAUUGCAACUACCCCUAGCUACUCACCAGGACUGGAGGAAAGGUUGGAGAGCCCAGACAUUAGAACAGCCAUAGGAUUCGAAGAUAGCAACAAGGAGGAGUACUUCCACUGCGUGAUUAAAGACAGUAGUAGAGCCAUGCAAGCCUUCAGAUUGGUGAGAGAAUAUGAACAGCUGUCUUCCAUGUGCCAACUCCCUGUGCUUUGUUGGAUCGUGUGCACUUGUCUGAAGCAGGAGUUAGAAAGGGGAAGAGACCUGGCGCUGAUCUGCCAACGCACCACCUCUCUGUAUGCCUCCUUCAUCUUUAACUUGUUCACUCCCAAGGGUGCUAAUUGUCCAAAUUGGCAAAGCCAAGGCCAGCUGCUAGGCCUGUGUUCCCUGGCCGCAGAGGGCAUGUGGACUGACACAUUUGUGUUGAGAAAGGAGGCUCUCAGUAGAAAUGGGAUAGCUGACUCUGACAUCCCCACAUUGCUGGACAUCAAGAUUCUUCUGAGGGAUAAGAAUUGUGAGAACUCCUAUGUGUUCAUCCACCCAUCUGUCCAGGAGUUCUGUGCUGCCAUGUUUUAUUUGCUAAAGAGCCACAGUGAGCACCCCAACUCAGCUGUUGCAUGCUCAGAGACACUCCUGUUUACAUUUUUAAAGAAAGUUAAAGAUCAUUGGGUUUCUUUCCCACGUUUCUUAUUUGGCCUUUUACAUGAAAAGGAACAACAAAAGCUGAAUGCAUUUUUUGGCUUCCAACUAUUAUCCCAAGAGGUAAAGCAGCGAUUUCACCAGUGCAUGAAGAGCAUAGGUGAGAGUGAGGAUCUUCGGGAACAGGUAGACUUCUUGGGAUUAUUUUACUGCCUGUUUGAGAUGCAGAAUGAAGCCUUUGUGAAGCAGACAAUGGACUUCCUCCAAGAAGUGAAUCUUUCUAUCACUAAAAAAUCAGACUUGAUAGUUUGCGCCUAUUGUUUAAAAAAAAGUUCUGGCUUGAGGAAACUUUUGUUUUCAAUCCAAAAUGUCUUUAAGGAAGAGAAUGGACACUGCUCCAUGUCAGAUUUCAGUCUCACCUGUUGGCAUGAGAUAUGCUCUGUGCUUACGACUAACCAGCACCUCCAAGAACUGCAGGUGAAAGAUGGGGUCCUCAGUGAGUCAGCCUGUGAGACCUUGUAUGAACAGCUGAGGCAGCCCAACUGUGUCCUUCAAAGUCUUGAGAUAAAUAGGGUUGUCUUUUAUUGUGAGUGUUCUCAUUUAUUUGAGGUGCUCAUUCAUAACUCAAAUUUGAAACACUUCAAGUUCACCCACAUCAGCCUAUCCCGUUCUGACGUGAAGUUGCUUGGUGAUACCUUGAAGCAUCCCGAGUGUAACAUAGAAAGGCUGCAGCUGGUAGACUGUGGCCUGGUGUCUGAUGACUGUGAUGUCUUCGCCUCAGUCUUGGUCAGCAGCAAGAAGCUGAAACAUCUGGAUAUAGCAUGCAACUACCUGGAGGAAGGGCUGCGCUCACUGUGCAGGGCAUUGUGCCACCCAGACUGCACCCUGAGCCUAUUGGUUUUGGCAAACUGCCACCUCAGUGAGCAUUGCUGGGAAUACCUCUCUGAAGUUGUUCUGAGUAACAAAUUUCUGAGGCAUCUGGACCUCAGCGCAAAUGUCCUGACAAAUGCAGGCCUGAAGACCCUCUGUGAGGCCCUGAGACACCCCGAAUGCAGCCUGAACUCACUGUGCUUGAUAAAAUGUUCCAUUGCUGCUAGUGGCUGUCAAGCUCUUGCCUCAGUUCUCAGCAGCAACCAGAACCUGAAAAUUCUACAGAUUGGAGGCAAUAACAUAGAGGAUGUGGGCGUGAAGCUGCUGUGUGGAGCCUUAGUGCAUCCCAACUGCCACUUGGAGGUUCUUGGGUUGGAAGCCUGUAAGUUGACCAGUGUCUGUUGUGAGGACCUCUCUUUGGUUCUCACCCACAGUAAGACCCUGUGGGGGCUAAACCUGAGUCGGAAUGCCUUGGACUACAACGGGGUGGUUGUGCUGUGUGAGGCUCUGAGACACCCAGAAUGUUCCCUGCACCUGCUUGGGGUGAGCAAAGCUGACUUGGAUGAAGAAACACAGGCUCUUCUGACAGCUGAGGAAGAGAAAAAUUCUUCCUUGACCAUCAUAGGUAGCCAAUAA